UCGCCGAGGCCGCCGGUGGCGGCGCACACAGCCGUGUCCGCUGGGGUCCAGUCUAUGGAGUCAGUUGGCGCGGCCGGCGGCUCAGAGGCAGGAGGUGGUGUCCGAGUAGGGGCCUCUGCCCCGCCAGGAUGUUUCCGGGCUUGGCCGCCGCCGUCGCGGCGCACAGGUGCAGCUGGGCGACGCUGUGCAGGCUCGGUGGCGGCCGGGCAGUGGCCCGCGGCCGCAGCCAGGGAUGGAAGAAUUUAAUGACAUUUGGAAGCUUUACGUACAUGGUUCCCAGCAGUCACCCACAUGCUUGUACUCUGAGGAGAGUCAAGUUGUACUCUACGGAAGUCCACAAAGGAGGGCAGGGAUCACAAGCUCCAAGAGCAGGAAAACCCCCAGCACCUAAGGAAACAGCAGAAAAUAUAGGCGCAGAACUCAAAGCUCCACUUAAACAAGAUCCUCUCCAAGUAAGAGUCAAAGCAGUCCUUAAGAAAAGGGAGUAUGGACCAAAAUACACUAAGAAUAAUUUCAUCACUGGAGUGAGAGCAAUAAAUGAGUUCUGUCUUAAAUCCAGUGAUUUAGAACAACUUCGAAAAAUCAGACGACGAAGUCCCCACGAUGAUACUGAGUCCUUUACCGUGUUCUUGAGGUCAGAUGUGGAAGCAAAGAUUCCUGUAGGACUGUUUAGAAACCAAAGAAUAUUAAGAGAAUAUGGUGAUUUCUUGGGAAACACAAAGCCGCGCUCCAGGACCCUGUCGCUGUUCCUUAAGGGGCCAGGAAAAGUGGUGAUGGUUGCUAUCUGCAUAAAUGGCUUAAACUGCUUCUUUAAAUUCCUUGCCUGGAUUUAUACGGGUUCAGCAAGUAUGUUCUCAGAAGCUAUACACUCAUUAUCUGAUACUUGUAACCAGGGUUUGCUAGCACUGGGCAUCAGCAAGUCCAUUCAAACACCAGACCCUUCUCACCCGUAUGGCUUUUCAAAUAUGCGCUAUAUCUCUUCAUUGAUUAGUGGUGUUGGUAUUUUCAUGAUGGGCGCAGGACUCUCUUGGUACCAUGGAAUCAUGGGAUUGCUUCAUCCUCAACCAAUGGAAUCCCUUCUAUGGGCAUAUUGUAUUUUAGCAGGAUCUUUGGUAUCUGAAGGAGCAACACUUCUUGUUGCCAUAAACGAACUUCGCAGGAGUGCUCAGGCCAAAGGAACAUCAUUUUAUAAGUAUGUCAUGGAAAGUCGUGAUCCCAGUACAAAUGUUAUACUAUUGGAGGACACUGCAGCUGUCUUAGGAGUGGUAAUAGCAGCCACCUGCAUGGGCCUCACCUCUGUAACAGGCAAUCCACUGUAUGACAGCCUGGGUUCCUUGGGUGUGGGCACCUUACUAGGUGUGGUCUCAGCAUUCCUGAUCUACACUAACACAGAAGCACUCCUAGGAAGAUCUAUACAACCAGAGCAAGUGCAGCGACUUACUGAACUCCUGGAGAGCGACCCCUCAGUAAGGGCAAUCCAUGAUGUUAAAGCCACAGAUCUGGGCUUAGGAAAAGUCAGAUUUAAGGCAGAAGUCGAUUUUGAUGGACGAGUUGUUACACGAUCAUACUUGGAAAAGCAGGAUUUUGACCGCAUGAUGCAAGAAAUUCAAGAAGUAAAAACUCCUGAACAAUUAGAGGCCUUUAUGCUUAAACACGGAGAAAACAUUAUUGACACUCUAGGAGCUGAAGUGGACAGGCUCGAGAAGGAGCUGAAAAAACGUAAUCCUGAAGUUCGGCAUGUAGAUCUAGAGAUCCUAUAGGUCUGAUGAAUGAGUCACUUGGGACAUAGAGACAUCUUCCUCUCCACUGAAGGGGAACCGGUGCCGUCCAGAAGCUGUGCUUCUUAAGAUGGAUGGGAUAUUUCAUGUGCUGAGCAAUUGAAGAAGCCACAGAACUAAAACUCCUUUCUUCUAAUCAUGUCUUCAUGCUUCUGUAGGGACCUUGGCUGCUUAGAUCACCCACAGUUCUCAUUUUAGCCAGUCUGUAUCGACCGUGAAUCAUGUUUCCUUUCUUAACAUGGUAAAGUAAGUGUUGCCCAUGGACUUGUAACUUCGGGUACCUCUGAAGAUUUUAGUCCAUCGAAGUCUUUAAUCUUGAAUACUCUGGCUAAACCGUGUUGUGUGGUUUUCAAACAGUCACCGCGUUUUGAGGUCUGUCUUUCCUGCCCAGUUGGGAAAGUAUUUCUGUAUACUUUGUGGUGUCCACCUGAACACUGAGAGGCGCACUCUCCUAACUUCGUUAUCCACAGAUGUUCAUUCCAGAAAUGGCGCAGUCCUGAAUGGAGUCCUGAAUGACGUUUCAGCAUCUUCUGGAUCAUAGUAGUUGCCACUUUGUAAACUUUCUUCUUUCUCCUUUAUUUUUUUUCUUAUUUGGCUUAAUUUUUGUAAUGUUAAAGACACAAUCCUAGACGUAUGACUCCUUUUUUAACUGGCUUCAGUGCCAGAGUGUUUAUUUACUGGGAAUGAUGCAUUUGUAAAUGUCCUAACUUUCUGUAAAGUGGACUAGAAGUAUUUAUAAUUUUACAGACAGGAUAGCAUUUUGUUUUUAAUUUAUUUAAAAGAAGGCACUACUUAUGUAAAUCUGAACUGUGGGAUACUUUUUGCUUUGAGGGAGAAGUAAAUCUCUUACACUGAAA